AUGGUACUCGGUGCCGUACUGUCUAUGCUGCGCUAUGUGGCAGGCAGUGAAGACAGGGAUUUUGUCGAUCGACUGCACUCCUACUUUACAUGCAACAUUUUAAUUGGUCUUGCAGUACUUGUCAGCUUUAAGCAAUUCGGAGGGAAACCGAUAGAAUGUCUAGUUCCCGACAUAUUCAGCAGCUCAUGGGAACAGUAUGCCGAAAAUUAUUGCUGGGCACAGGAUACCUACUAUGUGCCGAUGGGUGAAGCCGUCGCUGGGAUGCCUGACGAUGACCGUCGUAAAAGGCAAAUAAGUUACUAUCAGUGGGUGCCGUUUUUUCUUCUGGCUGAAGCAGCCUGCUUUCGACUACCUAGCCUUUUGUGGCAAUAUUUGGCCUGCCAUUCAGGAAUAAAAAUUCAUGAAGUGGUCAAGCUGUCAUCUGAUCCAAAUAACAUAAAGCCGGAAAUCAAACGGGCAAAUAUUAGAUCGCUCACUAAUUCCAUCUGC